GCUAAUAUGGCUGCUAUUCCGCUUUAUAGUCUCGUGACAUCGCCCUUUAUCUUGGCAUUUUUUUAAGCUAGUUCACGGAAAGUCUAUCGGGCGUGUAGCGAAAAAGAAACAGAAUACAAUGUCUUAAACAGAGUCGAUGAUCGAAAAAUAAGGCAGCCAACAAAAUGUCAACCCGAUCGCAACUCACGAAAGAUUUGAACGAAUCGGUGAAAGCAUUGCUCGGCAAGCACGUCAAAAUACUGUUGAAAAACGUAGUGAAAUUAGAAACAAAACAGGACAAGCAAGAGAAUCGUGUUCUAGUUUUUUCGCCAUGCCGCCUGUUUCUUUUAACAGCCAAAGUGCCGACAAGAAUCGACUGCCACUUUCAUUACCUGGAGAUAACGUCUAUAGAGUCAAAAAGGGCAAACCAAUUGUCGUUAAGCGUCGGAGAAAGAUACUACAACUUUACUAGUACAGGAGCAGGAGCAGAUACCAGUGAAGUAGAUGCAAUGAUCGAGGCCUUACACACUGCAAUUCGAAACAUCUUUCCCACUGUACCGUUGAAUUACAUCAUAAGAAAAAUAGAAGUGAUCCCAGCUAGUAGACUACAAAGUAUAAGAGGUAGCGAAUUAGCUAGAAGUACGGAAGCGACGAGACACACUGGCCCUUGCGGUGGGUUCUCCACCCAGUACGCGUGUAUGUGCGAUCUGCACAGCGUGCCAUACAGAGAAGAGGUAGCCUGGGAUGUCGAUACGAUAUAUCUCUCCCACGAUACGAGAGAGUUGAAUUUAAGAGAUUUCGAUCACUUGGAUCAGAAGGAUUUGGUGCCGAUCAUUUCCGCGUUGGAGUACAACACUUGGUUCACGAAAUUAAGGGCAUCUCAUCUCAAAUUAAGUCACGAACCUUUAGAGAGAUUGUUACACGUUAUGCGUAGAUCACUCUCUAUUCAGGAACUUUACUUGGAUAAUCUCGGCAUCAAAUGGGAUUUCGCGCAUAAAUUAUCGUUGGCUCUAAUUUCCAAUGCCAAUACGAUGUUGCAUACGAUCGAUUUGUCGAACAACACCAUCGAAGACAAAGGAGCUGCACACUUGAGCGGACCUGUCGGAAAACUGCCCAAGGGUUUACAAAAAUUAAAUCUAGCACAUUGUGGACUAACUGGAAAAGGAAUAAGCCAGAUUGCGCACGCAUUAAGUUUAAAUAGAAUCAUGCCGACUAGUUUACAACAUUUGAAUCUUUCGGACAAUUGUUUGAAAGAUGACAUCAAUAAUUUAUGCAACUUUUUGGCACAACCGAAUAGUUUAACUCAUUUAGAUCUAAGUGGUACAGACACGACGCUAGAAUGUCUGUUCGGUGCUCUACUACGGGGUUGUGCGACCAAUCUAGUCCAUUUGAACGUUGCUCGCAACUCGUUUUCAAGCAAAAAGACCAAAGAAAUACCUCCGAGCUUUAAGCAAUUUUUCACAGCCACGCUCUCGUUAAAGUACUUGAAUAUAUCUUGCUGUAAAUUGCCGAUGGAAGCGUUGAAACAUUUGUUACUCGGCUUGGCCUGCAACGAGAGUACGGUCGGUCUGGAACUGGACAUGAGCGGAAACAGUUUAGGUUCCACGGGCGCCCACGUGCUGGAGUCGUGCAUUCACGGCGUACGUUGCAUAGCCUCGUUGGACAUUUCCGAGAGCAACAUGGACGUCGAUCUGGCACAAGUGAUAACCGCCAUAGGCAAGAACAAGUCCAUCAAACAGUUGUACAUGGGUCGAAAUACCAUCGGUAUGAAGAGCAAGCACAUUGCGGUCGUAAUGGACGCACUCGUACAAAUGCUCCAGGAGGACGACUGUGUUUUACAAGCUCUACAUUUGCCCGAUUCUCGAUUGAAGUCUGAUCUGUACAAUCUGAUCAACGCCCUCGGCAGUAACGCGUGUCUUCACACUUUGGACAUUGGCGGCAAUCAGAUCGGAGACCCCGGUGCCAGAUUACUGGCCAAGGCCCUACAGAUCAACAAUCAUUUGCGAACCAUCGUUUAUGAUAGAAACAACAUCACGCUUCAGGGAUACGCCGAUAUCGUUCACGCAUUGGAAAAAAAUUGCAGCGUGCGACAUAUGUCCUUCCCGAUUUACGAUCUGCAACCGUGUAUGAAAACGUCCGCCGAGAAGACCGAACAGUUGGCUAAAAGGAUACAGGAUCUACUGCAGAGGAAUGUGACGCCAUGCAAGUACAGCCAUGGACAGGCGUUCAGAUUGCAGCAAGGAUUCUUGUUGAGUUCGACGCAGCAGAUGGUCGACAGGCUCGUCGUGCAGACCCAAGAUACCAUCAAAGCGAUCGCCGCCGAAAGCUGCGACGCCAAUAAUGACAUUAAUUACGCGACGGGACUCAUACAAGACGCGGACAAUUCGAAACAGCUUCUGCCAAGAUUGCACGAGGUGCUUCAAAGACGAGACGAGAACAAUCCGAUCGAAUUAAAAUUACACGAAAUGGCGAACGAAAUUCACAAGGUCGUGACCGUCUACUUGCAGGACUCAUUGGACGCGAUGUUGAAAUGUGCGAACGAGCAAUGCCCUACGAUAUUGUCGCAAACGGUGAUCAGGGGCGACGACAGCGAGUCGAUCGCGGUGGAAGACGAUCUGCGAAACAGUUGCAAACAGAAGAAUCAAAUCAGUAGCGAAUUUAUACAUACCACUGUCACGGAGCAAGCCGGGGCGGAUAUAGUUAACCGGGUCAACGAAUUGAAUUUAGCUGUCGCCGCUCACGUGUCGGAUAGAAUAACGGACGAAGUGAUUGAAUCGUUGUCGAGAAGUUAUAAAAAUUUGAUCGGCGACUGCGGCGACACUAGAACAAGGAGCAGCACACCCGACGUGUUACGGCCUAGCGCUGGUUCGAUAAGCAGCGGAAGCGUGAUAGGAGUUACGAGCAGCGUGGGCACGGUAACUGCGACAGCGGCGGCAGGGUCGUUACCGCCGCUGGUCGGCGGCAGAACCAGCAUCACCUCCGAGGAAGAUUGUCCACCCGAGACUUAUUCCCUGGCCAAUUCGAUCGGUGGUCGUUCCAGUGACCAAUCGCCAAUGAAAUUGGAUUAUCUGAAUCUCGCCACGCCGCAUUUGUCGAACAAACGAAAAAGUUUGCAUGGGAGAAAAUUACGGCCGAAAUCCGUGGUCGAUUCUGUGGAAGGGCUCUCGGCCGAUGACAUUCCAGAUUUGUUACCGUCGUCGUUGCCAAAGAGUCAAGCGGAAGCGAUUUCCGAAACAGAACACUCGUUGACAGAAUCGUUGGAUUCCGUUUCUGAAUUACCUAAUACCGUGGCGGGACAGCAGUUGCAACAUUUAGUGAAAUCUAGACCACGUAGAACCAAGACCAGAGCGCCUACAAGACCCAUGUUGAGACCCGACCAACCGUCAACGGUGGACGGUCUCGCCCUCGGUGAAGGCCUAGACGUAUUUUUCAGACCGACAACACCGACGACACCUCUCAUAUCUCCCACGAGCGACGACAGCUCCUUGCAUACCUUCCCGACCGAUGGUAGUCCAAAUUUAUCUCUCACGAGUCACAAAAGCAUUCCACCUGUCGAAAUGGAUAAAAAACCUGGCUGUAGUUCUCCAAUGUUAAAAACACUUCUCGAGCCUGCGCCGCGAUCACGGUCUAGCGAUAAUUUAGAAAAGUUUUCUCCUCUUGUUGGCAGAAGAUCUCAAGGUGAUUCGCCGUUGACCGCGUCCCCGUUAGCUCGACGAAAUACGGCCGAUAACGUUCAGAAUCACGAUAGAAUCGUUGUUGUCAAAUCAGAGAGUAAUAAAGAUACGACGAGCAUCAACGGCGACAACGCUAAAUGCCAGAACAACGACAACGACGUUGUCGGAUAUUCCGCUGACACGUCUAAACGUAGUACGUUACCGAUUAUCGGUGGUUCUGGUGGUACGAGUUGUUGUUCGCGCAGCAGUUUACUGGAUUACUCGGAUGAAAUCGGUAAUAAAAAUCUUUCAGACAAGGACGCGGCGGCGAUAUCGACGACGACGACGACGACGACGACGACGAUGACGGCGACGAAACAGUCGUCGACGACGAUAGAAAUGAUGGAUAAAACCGUGAAUCCAGCUUUACCCCCUCUCAAAUUAAGAUCCGCACCCUAUGAUCUACGUAGCCCGACAAACGGUAGCGGCAACGGUACAAAGAGUAGCUCGACGGAGGCAGCAUCGAAAUCCCCGGUAUUAAAAUCAUUGACCAGAGGAACUGCCAUCGCCGCCGCCGCCGGUGGUGGUGGUGCUGGUGGUCCGGAUGGAAAAAACAACGGCGCGCUUUCGAAAACUAAACCUGUUCCACCUGUGACGGCCCCGAAACCGAGACCGUGGAGCAUGGCCACCGAUAGAAAAUCUGGUGAAUUUAAUUUAUUAAGCGACGGUUCUAGUCCAAAUACUUCGGCGGGCAAUACACCCGACUCUGGCGAUGCUCUGGACGAGUCGACGGACAGCGGCGUCAGUGGACCCGCUUCACUGCCGCCGACAUUAUCCGCAAGCAGCAGUACUGCCAGCUCUUUAAGCAAUACGAGCGUAGAAAAGAGAUCAGUCAGGGAAUUGGCAGCUAGUCUCGCAAACAAGAGUAAAACCGAAAGGAAGGAGAACGAGCAUACCGCACCUGCAGCAUGGAGGUCGGUACUUCAGCGUUCUGUCAACCAACCAGACCCAGUCAAGGAAACGGAAGUACCGAGAACGGGUGAAGAGGACCGGCGAACGAGUUUCAAGCUUCGACGUACUUCAUUCUUACGCGAUUCAAAUUUCAACUAUAGCAACGACGUGGUUGACGUUUGAUCGUGACCACCGAACACGGUAAUAAUUUUACGUAAACGACUGGAUAUUUAUUACAAAAUCUUUUAUUCGAGUAUUUUAUAUGUGGGGCACAAAAUGUACGCGACGCCGAACGUUCGUGCCAUAAAGAGUCAGAUACUAAUAGAAGUGCUAACACAAUAUUAAUAAUAAUAACAACAACAACAACAACAAUAAUAGUUGGAGACCGCGCGGGACUGCGAGAGCCUUACGUAUAAAUUGCCGACCUACAUAUUGCGCGGUGGCGGUUAAAGAUUGGAUAGGACUUUGUUUUUCGAAAUCAAUGACGACGUUUACCUUAAUUUAGAAACAAGUAUUCGGCAGCGUAUUAAAAUCAUUCGACACUUUGCGAUCAGCAACAAACUGAAGACUAAAACUAUCAUAAUGAAUACGGAACAUUCCUACAGAAUUCAUUGUUCAUAUGAGAAAGGUGGUGGUGAUGGUGAUGGUGGUCUGUUCGAUAGUUGUUCAUGAUAUUUUUUAACAAAAGAAGUCGAGUACGUUACGUUUAGUAAAGUUAAAUAUUUAUACGUUGUUUGUUUACAUACAUUUUACUUGCUGCUGCUGCUGCUGCUACUGCCGCUGCGAUCAAAGAGACGAGCGAUAUCUCAUUAUUAUUAUUAUUUAAUCGACGAUCGAGGGAUGUCUUCCGAAAUCAAUCGUUGCACUUUUCGUAAACCUUUUCACAUAACCAUCUGCAGUUAGACACAACGGAUUGUUAAAGAAAUACGAGCUUUUGUUUAAAGCGUACAAGUUAUUUUCGUUUAUAUUCGUUUUACAUCGCGUUCGUAGUCGACUAUUUUACUCUCGGAACGUCUCGGAAACAGAAUCGGAAUUGAUGUGUGCACAAAGCAGAUAGAAAAAUCAUACCUAUUCGUGUGCCAUAAAACAUACGAUACAAUAAACGUUUUCCAUUCGAAUCCGAAAGAAAGAAAAUUACGUAGAGCGUACAGCGUCAACUGUCUAACGAUCCAUUGAAAUUGAAGUGUACAUACACACACGCGCGCGCGCACGCACAUGAACACUAUGGACAGGAUCGCAGCACGUACACGUGCUAUUCGUACGAAAAGAAAGAAAUUAAACUUGUGUCUAUACAUGGAUUAAUGAUCGACGAUCGAAUCGAAAGAGAUGAUGUGGCAAACUAUGUGUGCUGUCAUUCGCGAUUCAACAAUCUCUUUGUAAUAUUUCCAACUCAUAUUUUCUAUUUUAUAUAGACUUCUCGUCGAAUAAUCUGUAUUAUAAUUAAAGAUAAUUUAAAGGAGGAGUCUUUCUUACGGAUGAGUUACGGGACGAAGCUUUUUACGAAUAAUUUUUUUGUAUCUCGAUCCGACACGGUUCAAUUUACACGGAGAUGCUAGGGAAUCAAGCGUAUAUAUGUACAUACGGUACGUGUAUAAACGAGUUAGACGAGUCGAUCAACUAGCCUUAAUUAUAUAGGUGAUAAAUUAUAUAGCGCGAUCCUUAUAGAUAACCAAUCUAUUUGAUAUUGGAUUUUUACUAAUAAUUGCGCUCGUGAUUAACGCGAAACGUCAAAGUCUUUUUACAUACAGACAUCUAUAUACACUUAAACAAACAUAUAAUGUUGCAUGCUAAUUAAUUAAGUAUAUCUCCAUCUCGCCCUUAAACGAACUGUAAAGCAAAAUGUGAUCGUUGUAUUCUGCUGAGAAGUCUGUACGACGGAUGUAAACAUGAAUAUUUCUAUAGAAAACCGCAAGACGAACGUGUCGCGUAGAAAUCGAUUUCGAAAAUCUCACAAUUAAACCUACCUAUCUACCACCCGCCCAAAAAGGCUUGAUCUCUUUAUUGAACGAAUAUUUAUUCCUUGUUAGCGGAUGAAAUUGAUUCAAUCGAUUGAGUAUCCGUCAAAUUAUGAAGUUGGAAAAAUCUUCCAGAAUAAUGUGAAAAAGGCAGUAUCGUAAACGGUAGCUAAUCACGAUGUUAUUAUAAUUUAACAAGAAUCGUAUGUUGAAUGGAGACAGGACAAAUAUACGCGUACGCGCGAACACACACACACAGAGGGAAAUAUUUGCAAUAACUUUGUGACAAAAUGGUAUUUGUGAACUUGUAUCUACCUGUAUCUUUACGUACAAGUGCAUACAGUUGUGACAAAGUACUGCUAUACGUUGCAGGUGGUUUUUUUCCAAAUCAAAUUAAUUCAUUUUUAUACUUUGCCUCGCGAUCGUUUAAUGUCGCGCAAAAAUUUUCAUCAGAUUGUAUACGAAUAUACUGAAACUGAAAUUCAAAUAUUUGUGCCAAAAUGUGAUGGUUUUGUAUAUUUGUAACAAGUUAUAAUGUAAUAAUUCAUUCUUUCAGUAUAAUUACUACUCAUCUUUAUAUAUAUAUAUAUGAAGAAAAGAUCACCUGUAAUAGACGCAAUAUGUUUAAAUUAGUGUGUAAAUAUGUUAAAUGCAAGUGUAGUGUGUACGGAUUAUUAUGCGUGAGUGAUACACGUGUGUGUGUGUGUGUGUGUGUGUGUGUCUAUAUGUAUAUACACACACACACAUAAAAAUACAUAAAACAUUCUUCAAUACAUUCCUGUAUUUACACUAUUAAUGUACACGUACGCGUUGUACCGUUAAGCGCGCCUCAAAAUCUGCUAUUCAUUUUACUGCGUCUAGUAUCUUUACUUGUACGAGUCAGAAACGAAUGUAAACCAGCAGCAGUACAUAACAUGAGUAUUUGCAGAUCUUGAUACCGUGUGCUUAUUAAUCGUCAGCAAUAUAAAUCGCUAGCAAAUAAAGACUCUUAUUAAAACAGA